AAUAUAUUAAUAGCGGGUAUUAUAAAAAUUAGCUUUAGCCUAAGUAAGAAAAUCGUUACUCUAAGUAUAAUAAAAAUAAAAACGUACUUCGGAAUAAUAACGUUUUAUAUUUUAUUUAUUAAUACCCUAUUUCUCUUAUAUUUAAAAGAUAUAGAUCGACUAAGUAUUAUAUUUAAUAAUAUAAAAAAUAGAAUUUCUAAUAAUAAGUAUUUUAAAAUAAUUAAAUAA